GUUCAACUGGAGUCCUCGAAGAAGCAUCUGGGAAGAGGCCAAGCCCAAGGAGAUUGCCAACUUAUACACCAUCACAGCCUUGGCCUGGAAGCGGGACGGCUCCCGGCUCUGUGCGGUGUGUUGUUAGGAGCCCCUUUCUGUACUGGCGAUUGUCUCCAAACUACAGUAAAAUAGAAACUACUCCCUAUGCCAAGGGAGUCGCUCUACUCUGACACAAGAGAACUCCAGCUGCCUUGUGACUUCAACCUAAAAAAAUCUACUGUUAAAGGCAGGAAAGGGAAACUCACACUUUCCAGGAGGCCUUGAGGGACACGCUUGUCCAGGACAGCCUGAUUUCCCCUCAUUGUCCAACCCACAUGUGAUCCCUGUAAGUCCUGGGAUUGCCACUUUUUUUUUUCUGAUAUGUUCAGAACCUGCCCACCCUUUUGCUGGCCACUUCUGUCUAGAUUGUGACACUGAGGUCUGAGGUCUUGGGGUAUAUCCAGAUACCGUCCUUGGCCAGCGCGCCGUGCAUCGCCUUCCAUGCUGUCCCCCCCUCUCUCAGGGCACCCUCUGUGGUGGGGUGGAACAGUUUGACUGCUGCCUCCGAAGGAGUAUUUACAAGAACAAGUUUGAGCUGACGUAUGUGGGACCCAGCCAGUGGAUCUGAUUGGCAGCUACAACAUUGGUACUAUCAGUCACGAGAGCCAUGUGGAUUUGCUGGAACUUAAUGAGACUGGGCACAAGCUUCUCUUCAGGGAUCGGAAACUUCGUUUGCAUCUAUAUGAUAUUGAAAGCUGCUCCAAGACAAUGAUCCUCAACUUCUGCUCCUACGUGCAGUGGGUUCCCGGGAGCGAUGUGCUGGUAGCCCAGAACCGAAACAGCUUGUGUGUGUGGUACAACAUUGAGGCACCCGAGAGAGUCACCAUGUCCUCUAUCAGGGGUGACGUUGUAGGUCUGGAGCGAGGUGGAGGGAAGACAGAGGUGAUGGUGACCGAAGGGGUGACGACUGUGGUCUACACCCUGGACGAGGGCCUGAUUGAGUUUGGAACAGUCAUCGAUGAUGGCAACUACACCCGGGCAACAGCCUUCUUGGAGACCUUGGAGAUGACCCCAGAAACAGAGGCAACGUGGAAAACCUUGAGCAAACUGGCCCUGGAGGCAAGGCAGCUCCGCACUGCUGAGAGUUCCAUGAUAGGAGCAGUGCGAGCACAGUGGCCUGGACAGCUGAGAGCUCACAUCGUGGAACCAGCAAACAGACAGCACUGGAGAUGGCAGAAAACUUUUGAAACAGCAAAGCCUCACCUGCAGUGACAAACCUCCUCCAACAAGGCCAUACUUCCCAAUCCUUCCCAAACAGUUCCACCUCCUGGGGACCAAGUCUUCAGACAUCUGAGCCAGUGGGAGGCAGUCCCACCCACACUGCCACAAUGUGUCUAUGUGAGGGUCCAUGUGUGGGUAUGUCCACAUGAAUGAUGGUCCCUGCAGAGGCCAGAGGUGUAGGAUCCCCUGGAGCGAGAGCUUCAGGCGGUUAUGAGCCUUCAUAUGUAGAUACUGGGAAUUGAACUCAGGUCCUCUGCAAGAGCAGUACACACUCUUAACCACUAAGCCAUCUCUGCAGCCUGCCCAAGUCUUUUUAACAUACCUCUGUGUCUUUCCUGGGUGUGGCACAGAGGUAAUGAACACAUUUGCGACCUCAAAUUCCUUGAGUUCAAACGUUGGUUCAACUUUUCAUCUUGUAUAAACUUAGGUCAUUCACCCUUUCCAACCCUGGGAUUUGGUUUUCUUCAUAUAAAAUGGGGGCACUGAUGACAGUAUUUACCACGUAGUAUUAUAAAGGAGAGUGGCGAUGGUAUUGGUGGUGAAGAACAAGAAAAUCUGCAAAAGGCUUAGAUGUAAGAGCUUAGUAAUGUCAGCUGUUUCUGGGAAGCAGCUUGAGCUUUUUCAUAUAUACCCCUCCUCCCUUUACCCCAUGUAAGCUGUCCUCAAGUUAGCAGGACUCUAUCUCGUCUGCCUGUGUGUCUGUCUGUCUAUCUAUCUAUCUACUUAUCUACCUCUCUGUCUGUCUACUUUUUACCUUUUAAGGUAUAUUUUAUUUUUACGUAUAUGACUGUUUUGCUUACAUAGGUACCCAUGUAUGGAGGUCCGAAGAGGGUAUCAGAAACUGGAGUUACAGGUGGUUGUGAGCCACCUUGUAGGUGCUGGGAACCAAACUCAGGUCCUCUACAAGAGCAACAAA